GGGGUCUUGGUUCAGUGCGUGGCUGCUUCCACGCCUCUUCUCGCAGCCUGAAGCCCAGGCUCGCGUCCCCUCUUCGCCGCCCGGGAGCGGCCCGGCGCGUACUCAGCACCAUGAGGAGACUUGGGACUUGCCUGGCGACUUUGGCCGGACUUUUGUUAACUGCGGCUGGGGAAACGUUCUCAGGUGGCUGCCUCUUUGAUGAGCUUUAUACCUCAUGUGGAUAUAGUCAAGCUGAAGAUGAUGACUUCAAUUGGGAACAGGUGAACACCUUGACCAAACCAACUUCAGAUCCAUGGAUGCCAUCAGGAUCUUUCAUGCUGGUGAAUACAUCUGGGAGACCGGAGGGGCAGAGAGCUCACCUGUAUUUACCUCAGCUGAAGGAAAAUGACACCCACUGCAUUGACUUUCACUAUUUUGUAUCGAGCAAGAGUAAUUCUGCUCCAGGGUUUCUCAAUGUCUAUGUGAAGGUCAAUAACGGACCCUUGGGGAAUCCUAUCUGGAAUAUAUCUGGAGACCCAACACGCACGUGGAACAGGGCAGAACUAGCCAUCAGUACGUUCUGGCCUAAUUUUUAUCAGGUGAUUUUCGAAGUGGUAACCUCUGGCCAUCAAGGAUAUCUUGCUAUUGAUGAAGUGAAGGUCUUAGGACAUCCAUGCACCAGAACUCCUCACUUCUUGCGGAUUCAGAAUGUGGAGGUGAAUGCUGGUCAGUUUGCCACCUUCCAGUGCAGUGCCAUCGGCAGGACCGUGGCUGGCGACAGGCUUUGGCUACAGGGCAUUGAUGUUCGAGAUGCUCCCCUGAAGGAAAUAAAGGUGACUAGUUCCAGAAGAUUCAUAGCUUCAUUUAACGUUGUGAAUACGACAAAGCAAGAUGCUGGGAAGUACCGCUGUAUGAUCCGCACAGAAGGAGGUGUUGGGAUAUCAAACUAUGCAGAAUUGGUAGUUAAAGAACCCCCUGUUCCCAUCGCCCCACCUCAGCUUGCCUCUGUGGGAGCCACCUAUCUAUGGAUACAGCUCAAUGCCAACUCCAUCAAUGGGGACGGGCCCAUUGUGGCCCGUGAAGUGGAAUACUGCACAGCCAGUGGGAGCUGGAAUGACCGGCAGCCAGUGGAUUCCACAAGUUACAAAAUUGGGCACCUUGAUCCGGAUACUGAAUAUGAGAUUAGUGUGCUGCUCACCAGGCCAGGGGAGGGUGGCACUGGAUCUCCUGGUCCAGCUCUCAGGACAAGGACCAAGUGUGCUGAUCCCAUGCGUGGCCCAAGAAAGCUGGAAGUGGUAGAGGUCAAAUCUCGACAAAUCACCAUCCGUUGGGAGCCAUUUGGAUAUAACGUAACUCGUUGUCAUAGUUAUAAUCUCACGGUCCACUACUGUUACCAAGUUGCGGGACAAGAGCAAGUGCGAGAAGAAAUAAGCUGGGAUACAGAUAAUUCACAUCCUCAGCACACAAUCACUAACUUGUCACCAUACACCAACGUCAGUGUGAAACUCAUCCUCAUGAAUCCCGAGGGACGGAAGGAAAGUCAAGAACUCAUAGUGCAGACCGAUGAAGACCUCCCAGGUGCUGUUCCUACUGAAUCCAUCCAAGGAAGCACCUUUGAAGAGAAGAUAUUUCUGCAGUGGAGAGAACCAACUCAAACAUAUGGUGUCAUCACUUUGUAUGAGAUCACCUACAAAGCAGUCAGUUCCUUUGACCCAGAAAUAGAUUUAUCCAAUCAAAGUGGAAGAGUCUCAAAACUGGGAAACGAGACCCAUUUUCUGUUUUUUGGACUAUAUCCUGGGACCACAUACUCCUUUACCAUCCGAGCAAGCACAGCAAAGGGUUUUGGACCUCCAGCAACAAACCAGUUCACAACCAAAAUAUCAGCACCGUCUAUGCCAGCUUAUGAACUUGAGACACCUUUGAAUCAAACUGACAAUACAGUGACAGUAAUGCUGAAGCCUGCACAGAGCAGAGGUGCACCUGUCAGUGUCUAUCAGAUAGUUGUUGAGGAAGAGCGUCCUCGAAGAGCUAAAAAAACAACAGAAAUCCUAAAGUGCUACCCAGUACCAAUUCACUUCCAGAAUGCGUCAAUCCUGAACUCCCAGUACUAUUUUGCUGCUGAAUUUCCAGCAGACAGCCUCCAAGCUGCUCAGCCUUUUACUGUUGGUGAUAAUAAGACAUACAAUGGAUACUGGAACACUCCCCUUCUUCCCCAUAAAAGCUACAGAAUUUACUUCCAAGCUGCUAGUAGAGCCAAUGGGGAAACCAAAAUCGACUGUGUCCGAGUGGCCACAAAAGCUGCGAUAAUCGUGACUCAGCUUACAACACCUUACAUUCGCAUCGCCCCUGCUGCAGGCGACGGCCAACUAACAGGAGCCGCCACUCCAAAGCCAGUCCCAGAACCUGAGAAACAAGCAGACCGCACAGUUAAAAUCGCUGGGGUCAUUGCUGGUAUCUUGCUGUUCCUCAUUAUAUUUCUUGGAGUUGUGUUGGUGAUGAAGAAAAGGAAACUAGCCAAGAAGCGGAAGGAGACAAUGAGUAGCACCCGGCAGGAGAUGACAGUGAUGGUGAACUCCAUGGACAAGAGCUACGCCGAGCAAGGCACAAACUGUGACGAGGCCUUCUCGUUCAUGGACACGCACAACCUGAAUGGGAGAUCUGUGUCAUCACCAUCAUCCUUUACGAUGAAAACAAACACACUGAGCACAUCGGUGCCUAAUUCCUAUUACCCAGAUGAGACCCACACGAUGGCCAGCGAUACCAGCAGCCUGGUUCAGUCCCACUCUUACAAGAAGCGUGAGGCAGCUGAUGUGCCCUACCAGACCGGGCAGCUUCAUCCCGCCAUCCGGGUUGCAGACCUCCUUCAGCACAUCACGCAGAUGAAGUGUGCCGAGGGCUAUGGCUUCAAGGAGGAAUAUGAGGUGAGCAUGAGCCAGGUACUAUGCUUCCAGCACAUUCAGCAAGCCAUAGGGUCCAAGAGAUUCCAGAGAGGAGCCGAAUGGCUCAUCCGUGGAUCCUUUUCCAGCUGGUAGUAAGAAUUAUUACCUGGGAGUUUAUGUGUUAGAUGGGAAAGGAAAAUCACUUCACUCUUUGCCUUCUUCUGUAUAAACAUGCUGCUUACCAAGCCCUCUUUCCCUCUCUGUUCUUCAUCACUUUCCUUCUUUGUUCUUUAUCACUUUCCUUGGCUUUUCAUGUAAUUAACUAUAAUAUUAAAUCCUAAUUUUGUAGAAGUUAUCUAAGGAAAACUACUGUCCACUUAAAGCAAUUAUAGACCAACCAGUGAUGUGAUGUGGUAGAAAUUAGAUGACAGUAAAGAGACUGACUAUUAUCUUGACUAUGACAGCUGCUAUUGCCCUGCAAGGCCAGACAGCACACCUCUAUCCCGGGCUGUCCUAUGGACAGCUGUCAGGGUGUUUCUGGGUUCUCAAUAUUUUCCUACUAUAUAUAAAACACAGGGUCCACCCUCUUCACACCCUUUGCCAUUCGUGAAUUCUGUUUGAAGGUCACUCAGGAACUGAAGAGCACUCACUGACUUGAAGAAGUCUGACUCCAAGAAGAAUGCCAUUGCUCACGUGGGUGUAGGGGAAGCAAAGUAGGAAGGAUUGCUUUUCUUAUGUUAUUAGAAUUAGUUUACAGUCAUUCAUGAGGACAAAAUGGUAUGAUUACUCAGAAUAGAAACAGGGCUAUAUACACACAUAGCUUUUUAAACCUCAGAAUGUUUUGUCAGUCCUGUGUCCACAUAAUUAGCUCAUAAUUGGGAAACAUCUAGUUUGGAGUUAGGUAUUUUUUAAAUCAGCUCCUACUUCUUCUUAGAGCCUAUGAGUGAGCGUCAUAUUCUGCUUCUGUCUCCUUUUGGGGGUUUGCUCACGAUGUGUCAUCUCAUGCCUCUGGUGCUGCCUUGCCAUGGGUAAGCUUCUAUCAAAGAUCCACUACAUGUGCAGCAAGGUUGGCCAAGCCACUGCUACCCUUAAGAGUAGGUCUGUGGUCCAAAGCAGAGAAGUAGACACACCUUCCCUUGCUCACAUUGAGUCCUGAUGGGGAACCAGUGACCUUAGUUCAGAGACUGCAAGACCAAGGAAGCCAAUCCAAACUGU